GCCGACUUGUGCCUUGGCGACUCACCUCCCAGAGCCUAGCGAACUCUUGCAAAACGGCCAUGUCGUUCAGCAUGGAUCGCCAUGUCUUGAGCGCCUGAUAAGGCGUGCAAGCGAAGCGCACUGAUUCCCUUCUUUGUUCUUCUACGUCGUCGUUUUAUUUACAUGGUCGAGCGCGUGUUGUGUGCCACCACCACCACCACCACCACCACACACUCCCACUAAGGUAUCUAGAUACCUCUACCGCCCAUCACCGCCGCCAUCACCACCACUGCCGCCACCACGACGACGCUCCAGGCCUCGUGAAGCGGGCGUACAGAUCAGGUACUGUACGCUACGGUACAUACGACACCGCAUCCGAGAACAAACGAAGCCGCUUGGGCGUCACGGCUACGCAAACACCGGUGGAACGGCGAACAAGAUGGACUUCAUGAUAUGGCAGGCAUUCGUGCUGUUAUUUUUGGCUUGGACGGCGACUGCUCAACUGAUCCUCUCUCCGAGCAACACCACCACCACCGAUCCCGCCUACCAUUCUGGUGCCGUCCAGGUCGCAAUCUGGCAUCAGCCGACCGCUUCUCCUGUAGCUGCCUUUCUGGUGACCGCGUUGACGCAGGCUGCUGCAGACAACAUCCCAUCUGCAGGUCUGAGCGGCCAUACAUUCGUGGUCAAUGCGAACAACCAGCUCACAGUCGAGUCAACCGAUGUCGCACUCAUCGAUUGUGAUCCCUCGUCUGGCAAUAUCGGCCCAGAGUACAUCUUCAAUACCGCCACGACCAGAAGGGCGCUCGCCAUCAUCUUGUACUCUACCACUGCGCAAACUUGCCACGGUUCGGGCUUCGGCACUUAUGCGAACGUGUAUACUAUGAAGAGCUUGGAGAACUCGCAAUCGCUCAUGGCAGCAGUUGAUACCGAUACGGCCUAUGCAUCGCUGAUGUCGAGGGACGCCGUCAGUGGCAACGGCACCUCACCUGGCGGUACCACCAAUGGCCAGAACCCGAGCCCUCUGGGGCCUUCGCCGAGCACUGCUGUUGCCAUGAUCAUUCUGUACUCCAUCACCGGCGUGAUCACUGCGCUAUUCCUUUGCAUCAUUAUCACGGGCGCCGUGCGAGCGCACCGACACCCAGAACGAUAUGGGCCACGCAACUUGGCUGGUCGUCCACGACAGACACGAGCACGUGGUCUCGCUCGAGCCAUGUUGGACUCUCUGCCCAUUGUCAAGGUGGGUGAUCGCACUGAUCAUCCGGCCAAACCCACGGAAGUAGAACUCGAAAGUGGCCAGCACGGCCAAGUGGAGUCUGUUGGCGAUCGAACCACGACUCCUACGGCACCUGCUACUGCUGCUGCUACGACUGCCUCGCCGGAUGGCGAGACUCCACGCAAUGGCACGUCUACUGAGGAUGCGGCAUUGAAAACAACGGGCAGUGGCAUCGCCGCCGCUGCAGCCGCCACCGGGCGCAGCUCCACAAAUGCCGAAGAAGAAUCGAAACAAGGCUGUAGCAUUUGUACGGAGGACUUCAACGUGGGAGAGGAUCAGCGUGUACUGCCAUGCGACCACCGAUUCCACCCCGAAUGCAUAGAUCCAUGGCUCUUGAAUGUCAGCGGUACAUGUCCUCUCUGUCGAAUUGACCUACGCCCAGCCGACAACCCGGAAGAUGCAGCCGAGGUUGACGAGCAUGGAAACCCGAUAGCCUCUUCGGAUAGACUUGCGCCUCCACUCGAUCAUGCAGAGGGUAGCCGCGCCGCGCGGGUGAGAAGGAGUAUAAUGGUCGGUAUCCUGGGCUCGCCUCGACCGGAGAGAAUGUCGAGAGAAGAGCGCGUCAGCGCGCUAAGAAGAUAUCGCGAGAGUACGUCCGCAAGAGGAGCUGAGCAGGCACAGGGAUCCUCCAGCGAUAUUGGUGAACCAGAAGAAGAAACUAGCAGACGAAGACGAUUGAGAGAUCUGUUCAGGAUUAGGACGAGAAGAACUGGAGAGCCAGAGACGGUGCGCGAAGAGCCUGCGAGUCAGGUGGCAGCGAGUUCUGUACCUUCGACUGAGGCAAGGACCUCAUAAGGUUUGGUCAUAUGAGGGCGUUUUCAUGGACGGCGACAUUGAGCCGAUUGUGUGCAUAUUUGCAACAUGGAUUUUGGGACGUGAAAAAAUUUGUACAUGAUGUAACGGGUUAUGAUGAGCAUGUAUGAUGUUACAUAGCAUGGGCGAUGCGGGCAUAGGUUGGAAAGUUCGCAAUGCUACGGAAUGGGAUGAGGACGUCACACAACGAGUGCAAAACUUGAUGAAAGAAUAGAACCA